CUAUAUUCUUCCACUCACUCAGUCAAUAUCAAACAUGGGAGCUGUGAGGAUGUGUAUUUUUGAGCUUUUUCUGCUUAUGUUAUUGGCAGCGCGAUAUGAAUGUAAUGAGAUUGAUACCUUAUCGCUGGAUAAAUUGAAAACAGAGAUCAAGUUGAAAGCUUAUAAAGUGGCCAUGCAGGAAAGGGAUGAGCAAAUUGCGAAAAUACAGGAACAGCUGCAUAGCCUCCAAGCAAAAGUUGAGCUGUUUGAUCUGUACAGCAAUGAAAAUAAGCAAUUAAUCGCAUCGAUGAAAUCACAAUUGGACUCCAACACAGAAGCUCUACGGAUAGCGUUGAAUCAAAUUGCCAGCUUUAAUAGUUCCAUUGCCACGCACGGCUCAAGCACCAAGUCCGAACAUAAAGCCUUAGCUGAAGAUCAGGCCAUGAAUUGUAUGCCCUUCCAAAACUCAUCGGAUAUACAUGAUAUAUUUGUGAAUGGCUUCGGACAUCUGUCGGUGCUCUGCGAUGCCCAAAUAGCUGGCGGCGGUUGGCUAGUGGUGCAGCGACGUUUCGAUGGCAGCGUGAAUUUCUAUAGAAACUGGGCUGAGUACAAGGAAGGUUUUGGUGAACUGGAAGGUGAAUUCUUUUUGGGCCUGGAGUCACUGUUUCAUUUGACCAAAUCGCUGCCGCAUGAGAUGUAUGUAAGGCUUGUUGACUUUAACAACAAUGUCCGGCACGCCCGUUACGAUAACUUCAUGAUUGGCAGUGAGGAGGAGCAGUAUAUGCUGAAGUCACUGGGCACGUACUCCGGAAAUGCUGGCAAUGCCUUGGCGUACAAUCUGCAUGACAGCUUCACCACUUAUGACCAGGAUAACGACGGCUGGUCCCAAGGCAAUUGUGCCGUGUAUUACCUAAGCGGCUGGUGGUACAACCUAUAUGGCAACAGCAAUCUCAACGGCAGAUACUUUGAUAAGCAAGUUCAUAGUGAGCAGAGCAUUUGGUGGUAUAACUGGAAGGGUUAUUAUGCAUUGAAGUCCGUUCAGAUGAUGAUACGACCCAAAUAUACGUCAAUCUAAGCCACUAAGAGAAUAUAUUACAUUUCGAUUGUUUCCCAAAACAUCUAACUAAAUACAGUGAAUAUAUAUAUAUAUGCAUAUAAUAUUUUAUUUUCUUUUCUAUAUAUUUUAUAUGACAAUUUGUCACAAAUGAGGCAUCU